AUGCGUGAUAUUCCACCAUUAAAAGAUUAUAUGCCGAAACAAAUUUCAUCAACAAAACCAUAUGGAACAUUUGAAGAAUUUUAUCCAUAUUAUCUACAUGAACAUUCUCAAAAAACGACACGUCAAUUUCAUUAUAUUGGUACAAUUCUAUUUCUUCUUUAUAUUCUAACAAAACCUAUUCUUUUAAUACCAAUGAUUGCAGGUGGUUUAGCUGCUUAUUCAAUAAUUCCAUUUGCUCGUCAUUUAUCCACUGGUUUAUCUGAAGUAAUUUUAUUUCUGAUAAUUUAUUUUACUGGUGGUAAACUUCUAACACAUUCAUUUAUAAAAACAUUUAUUCCACUUCUAUUGGGUUAUGGUUUCUCUUGGAUUGGACAUUUUGCUUUUGAACUUAAUAAACCAGCUGCAUUUGUUUAUCCAACUUACAGUUUCUUUGGUGAUAUGCAUAUGAUGUAUGAUGCAGUUAAAGGAUAA